UGUGUUGGUGUCCAUGCGCGUACAUGUAUUCGCGUAUGUAGCCUUUGGAGUAUGCCUGUGUAGUCGUGAGCUGCCUCACUAUCUACGUACUGCGACCGAGUCCGAGUGGCGCACGAGCACACGAGCAAGCUGCAUCUGUGCUGCAUCUGCUUCUGUGUGAGUGAAUUCGCGUGCUUGUGUCGGUGUGGCAGCAGUUCGCGAGACUGCGAAAAGUGCCAUGCUUUAUACCUAUAUCUGUAUACAUAGAGAAGUGUGCAGGAGAGAGGGAGAAAAAGUCAAGAUGGCUUCGGAAGUUGCUGCUUCGGCCGUGGACGUAUUGCUAUACCAUGGCACAGUAUCAAUCGCUAGUAUUAAACGAGUCUGGCGCGAUGUAAAUAACGACAGGUAGAGACAACUUUGCGAAUCGAGCCUAAAUAAUAAUAUUUGCGUAUCAGUACACAUCCGUGCGCCCUAUAAAAGAUUGGACAGUGGCCGACGACAUCAGCAGUGCCAAGACAAUCGUCAUCGUCGAAUUCGCAGCUUAAUAAUAGAAUACACGCGAACGCGCGAGAACCGCAGAGCAGAUCGCUGAAUCCUGUUAACCGUGUGAUCCACUCCUGGUGCUACGAUCUACCUGUGAAUUAUAACCAAGCACUGCAUCCUGCAGUUGCUUUUCUGACCCUCGAGACAGUUUUUACGCCCGCGGACGUAGUGUCAUUUUGUGAACCCCAGUGCACGAAUCAACCGUAGAGCUGGAGGAGCCCAGCAGUAGCUGUGGCGGUGCCGAGGUAGACCCUAUUCUGGUCGACGUCGCUGCCGCAGCCAACGCGGAUGCCCUCGUUGCCACGACCACUUCUUUCGUAGAGGAUAGCGGCUCGGAUUAUGCGACGAGUCGUGCCGAGAACAUGCCUACCGAGCACGAGCUACCAGAUGACAAACGGUUGUCCAGGCAUGCAAGCGUCGAGAGUGCAGAUACGAGUUUGCCCAUUGUCGACUCUACUACUUUUCCCGAAAACGACGAAAAACCCAUUGUCGUUGCACAGGCUGAUGAUGGUGGAUUUGUUUGCAGCAAAAGUCCUCAGAUCGCUGAAAGCUUGCAGAGCCAAAAACAUCUUGAAAUGAGCAGUCCAAAGAGUCCUGACUGUCCUUCCACAGUGUCAGCUGGUCCAAAUAGUCCAGCAAGUGUUGUUAUUGCAACCAAAAGCUCCAUGACUUAUGGCUUGCCCAUGGUUUCAGAUGGCAAUACUUGGAAGUGCAAAGUUCCCAGUGAACCAUCUGAAGCAAAAACAGCGCCAAAAGUAGAAAAAGCUUUUGUUCCUUGUGUAGUUAAAAGUGAAAUUGAAGAAAACAAUGUGUCUAAUUGUGAUACUGUUGAAACUGUAAUUAAGGAUAAAAUUAAGAAAGAACCACUUGUUCUUAAAAGUGAAAAAGAUGAAUCAAAAUCCAGAAGCAGUUCAUCUCAUAAUAAAACGCAUUCAUCGUCGUCAUCAUCCUCAAAAGACAAGCAUAAAGAUUCAAGGUCUGAUAGACACAGCUGCUCUAGGUGUUACAGAAGGAGCAAAAUCAAAAAGAGUAAUGUUGGUGUUCAGUGUCAAAGAGAUAGAAAAAAUAGUACGUCUCUAAGCCACAAAUCUCCUAGUUAUAAAAGUGAAAUCAACUUGAAUGGCAGCGAAGUUAAAUUAGGUAUGAAUAUAAGCCAGCGCAGGAUUCUAGAUAAACAAUUUGAAAAAGUGGAUAAUUCUAUUCAUUUGGAAAACUUGAAGUACAAAGAUUUUAUUCACAUUGAGACCUAUCCUAAUGGUGGGGCAUCAAUAGUUCGUAUGUAUCAAGAUGAAAUUUCUGUACUCUCCCCUGAAGAGCUUGAUGAACUUGCAGAAGAGUAUUUUAAGGUUGUAUUUGGUGAAGAUGAAAAUGGAAGAGCACACCAUGUCAUGGGUAUUGUUCAUAAUUCUGCAUCAUAUAUGCCUGACUUACUAGAUCACAUGGCUGAAUUGUAUCCAAAUCUAGUUGUAAAAAAUGCAGUUCUUGGAAAAAAGAAUGAUGUUGAAACCACUACAAUGCAAAAAUAUCAAGAACAUGUUUAUUCUACUUAUACAAAUGGCACUUUCAGAUAUGGCCCAUUGCAUCAAAUAAGUGUAGUAGGUACAGUGCACGAAGAAACUGGAGGGUAUUUCCCAGACAUUUUAGAAAUGCUCGAAAAGAAUAUUUUUCUUAAAAAAACGAUGCCGUGGGGUAGUCUGUCAGCCGUACGAAUGGAAAGCCCACGAGAAUCAAAUGAUGGACCGAUCCUCUGGGUUCGUCCUGGAGAGCAGUUGGUUCCUACAGCAGAGAUGAAGCAAACUCCACUGAAGCGGCGUAGGACGGGCAUCAACGAACUUCGAAAUCUACAAUAUUUGCCACGAAUCAGCGAAGCGCGCGAGUACAUGUUUGAAGAUCGUACUAGAGCACAUGCCGAUCAUGUGGGGCAUGGAUUAGAACGACAAACCACGGCUGCUGUUGGCGUUUUAAAAGCCAUCCAUGGAGGCGAAGAAUACAAGUUAAAUCGCAUCACAAAAGACGUUGUGGCUUUUCAUGCGGCCGAUUUUAUUGAACUUACCGAAAAGUUACAACUCGAUCUGCAUGAACCUCCAAUAUCUCAGUGUGUACAGUGGUUGGAGGAUGCUAAGCUUAAUCAGCUGAGAAGACAAAAUAUACGAUACGCUCGAAUACAACUUUACGACAAUGACAUAUAUUUCUUGCCUAGAAAUAUAAUCCAUCAAUUUCGAACUGUAUCGGCUGUGUCGAGUGUAGCUUGGCACGUCAGACUUCAACAAUAUUAUCCUGAAGAUUUGGAGUCUUCAAAACAAAUCAACUGUUCUGAAGAUGAAGUGAAUAUCAAGAACCGAGAAAAAGCUAAACGAAAAUUGAUCAUUGACACGGAUGAUUCUGACGAUGACGCGACGAAGAAAAAUGCCUCAAAGAAAGCCGAAAAGCGCACUAACUUUGACGAAGAGAAAAAAGCAAAAGAAAGAGCAGCUGAAUACCAGGGUAAUCUUAAAAAAUCAGAUCAACAUCACAGAGACAAGAAGGCAAAAGUUCCCUCGCUUAUACCUACUGUUUUAACUGAAGCAGAAACCGAAGCUGCUAAUAAAGCUGCAGCGGAAAGAAAAAGAUAUAAAGAGAAGAAAGCAAAACGAGACGAAGAAAGAAGGAAAAGUCAGAACGAUAAGAAAGACAGAAAUGAUGACCGCGAAACGAAAGAUAAACAAGAGCAUAGAGAUAAAGAAAAACACAGAGACAGCGGCGAACGGCGUCAUAGUAGUAGCAGUAAAUCAAGUAAUAGUGUUAAUGGCAGCAAAAGUAAUCACGACAGUAAUCGUAAGCGUAGUGAAAAGUCUUCAUCGUCUUCAUCGUCGUUAAUUGCUGCAAACAGAAGACCUAGCUCAUCAUCAUCCUCAAGCCAGCAUUCGUCAAAAAUGGAUAAUCGAUCAGCAAUUUCAGAAAGCGAAUCAAAAAUGCCAAAAAAGACCGAACCAACAACGUCUCUGACGACUACCGAUUCAUCUUUAUCAACAAAUACGAUGAAACCUGAAGCGACGCGUAAUAACGCUAGUCCUGACGCAAUUAAGCAAGAAAAUAUUGCCGUCAAAGUCGAUACAGAACUGAUCUCUGCUCGGCAAACUAUUGGCAAAACAUAUGCUACGCAAGUAGUUGACAAGGCUCUCGAAAUUGCCAUUUAUAAAUCGAAGACGGAGAAUGUGCAGGAAGUGUGUCAAUCGUUUCGCGAUGGAGUCGCGUCUGCUUCAAAAGAAAUGCUUGAACGUAUCCGAAAAGCGAGUCUUGAAUUGGCAGAAAAGCUUUGUGGAGAAGACAAGACAGUUUUAGAAAAAACGUAUAAAUUACUAGAAUCAGAAACUCUGACCUCGUUUGAAUCUGAACUCGACUGUGCGACGGAGUUAGCAGUUAAAGCUCUGAUUGAGAUGGCUGAAGAAAGCAAAGAAGAACCUGCAAAAAAAACGGAAAAGUCUGAAAUAGUGGAUGUUACACCUACAGAAAAUAACGUUGCAUCUUCUUCUACGGAUAAGGACAAAAGUACCGUAAUUAGUGAGAAAAAAUAUCAAAAUAGUGGCAGUGAUGAAAAAAAUAAAAGCAGCAGCAAUGGCAGCAUUCACAAACACGUAGACAAACAUCGAAAUCAUAAAAAAACUGACCAUCGAGAUCGUCACGACAGAGAUCGAGAUCGAAAAAAGCACCAUAGUAGCAGCAGUAGCAGUCAUAGCAGCAGCCGGAACAGCAGCAGCAGCAGUCACCGGCACAAGGAUUCAAAGAGUUCUUCAAGCAUCAAUUCUCAUCACCGUAGCUCGCACUCUUCCUCAUCUCACAAAAGUUCGUCUUCGUCGAGCGAACACAAAUCGAGAAAGCAUAAAUCGAGUUCGAGUCUCGAACAACCAGAUAUCAAAAAGCCUAGAAUCGACGAGACCGUGUCAACAGUGAAUAAUAACGAAUUAUCAUCGUCGAAUCAAAUUAUUGUGGCGACUUCUACAGUAGUCAAUAACAUUACAUGACUCGAAAACCCUAGUAUUCACGAAAAAAUAGUACAACCUUAAAUUUUCUCAAAUUAUUCUAUUUUGUAUUUAUAGAAUAAUUGGUACGUAUGGUUAUUUUGAUGAAAGAAUAAGUAACUAAUUGGAGCAUCAGAAGUUUCGCCGGGAGCGAAGCAGGUUUUCUAUUUGUAUUUUCAUUUUUUCCCCAUUUGACUGUGAAAACUGAUACACACUUUUUCAAAGUGUUGAAUAAUAAUUUAACGUUUUAGCUAAAUAAUCGCUAAAAAAUUCGAAUUGAAUUAAAAUGAAAUUUUACACAUUUAUUUGUAAACUAAUUUGUACACAAUUUUUUCAAAUUUGACGUUUUUUUCUGCAGUAAUCAAUUUUUACUGUGAAAAAUAGAUUAGAAUAUGGUUACGAAAAUUCUAAAUAAUUAUAAUGGUGCAGUAUAGAAAUUCGACUUAAGAACAGUGACACAGUUUUUGUGUUUGCAAGUUCAGUGUAAAUAACAAAUAUUUAUGAAGGUUCGCAAUUAUAUUGCUGAGAUGCCUAAAAAAUAUAUAUAUAUUUUUUUUUAAUAACUGGGCAAUAGCUUUUGCCCAAAAAUUCUCUCUUAAAGAAAUAAUAUGUACUUUUGAAUUUAGUGCGCCCAAUUAUUAAAAGUAUGAUUUUUUAUUUAUUCGCAAGAAUAAUAUUAAAACAAUCACAAUAUGUGCUUGUGUUUCAAGCUGAAAAUAUUAUAUAUGGUUUUGUAGAAUAACUCAGGACAGUGAUUUAAUUGUGCUUGUAUAAAUUUUGUAAAUGAAAAUACUAUUUCAUGUUUUGGUAUUAAAAAAACCAUGAUCAGUUUAGGAAAUGAACACGAAUUUCAUUAAAAGAUUUAUUUCAAAAUAUUUGUUUAGUUUCGGUUACAUUGACAAUAAUACAAUGAACUCAAUUUAUUAGUCAGGUUAUUUGUGAAUUAUGACAAUUAUUAAUGUAGUAAUUAAAGAUGAAUUGCACUCGUAGAUGUAAAUUGACUUUUAAAUUUAUUUUACUUUGAAAAUGGAUAAUUAUUACUUCGAAGUGAUUAGUAGAUUUUAUUAAAUUUAACAAUGCAGAGAAAAAAACUAGAGCAAUGUAAAUUUGUACAUAAAAACCAAACUAUAUUUGAGAAUACGAAAAACACAGGAAAUUUAAUAUAACUAAAAGAAAGUAAAAAUAAAGCUUUAAACAACGAUGAAAAUCUUUGUCAAGUUUAUUCAAACUUUCGAAUAAAAUUUCUAAGAGAAUUAAAAAAAAUCUCAUGUUGUUUCAAUAACUGCUGCUGGACGUUAAAUGUAACUUUAGAACACUAUGGAUAUACAUUUAUAAAUAAGACAAAUGUACACAUUCUUCAAAUUAAUAAUAAUGUACCAUUAUACAUUUUUUAACAGAAUUUCGGUGAAAUUAAAUCCAAAGUCUUACACUAAACCGUUUUAAAUCAGCUAUAUAUAUAAAUUCCUGAUAAAAGAAUUUUUGAUCAAAAAUGUUAUUUAAAGAUGUUUACAUUUGUCAAAUCGGUAUAAAGUAUUCAGAAUAAAUAGCGGCGUUUUAUUAUUACAUAUACUAUAAUAUAUGUAAUAUACGACAUUGACCGAUAAAAAAUGAUAAACGUAUAUAGUUGAUAUAUAUAAAAAUACUGUAGAAUAUAGUUUUACAUAUGUACCCAUCUCACUUGUAGAUUCGCAUUCCAAUUAGGUUUUUUAAAACAAAGGAAAAAUGGUAAAAAUAAAAUUGUACUUUUAUCAUGCACACUUAGUAACUUUCUAUGUCGUUUAAAUAAAAAAAAUAUCUAUGUGUGAAUUUAACGUCACAAAUUAUCUUUAAUAUUCAAACUUGCCCUCUUAUAUACUCACUUUUCUGUUUCCAGAAAUAUUACGUUCUUUAUAUUUCUCAAGGUUGCAAGAUCAACCUUUAGUUUUUUACUUGAGUACAUUGGUAAAAAAAGUAUGUUUUUAUAAUAUCAAAGUUUCCCCGUUAGGGGAAAAAUAUACUUUAAAAUGCUAUUAUCAUUACUAAAUUUAAUAUAUUAUCAUACUACUAAUUAUAUAUAAUUGUCUUGUUGUAAUACCAGAAAAAUUGUAUGCUUGUACCUGCAAAAUUGUUAGUAUGAUAAAAACAUUUACAGCAAAUUAAA